UGCGCGUUGAGAUCUCCCUGUCACGUUAGCUCGAUGUGGACGGCCGCGCUCUAGGACUUCGUGUAAGGAGCCGGUAUGAGACUUGAACCGCACGAUGAGUUCAGAUAGCAGUAAGCUGCUGCCAGAGCAGCGCCCUGUGCUCCAAUCCUGCUACGGGACAGCACGGGAGCAGAGCCCCAAGGAGUCGAUGGAUUUGAGGGGCUACCAAAAGGUGCUAUGGCGUGUCAUCCUGUGCCACGUCUUUACUGUACUCACUGCCGGUCUGCCUCUCAUUCUGUUCCAUUGGAAGCCUCACAUUGCUGUCUUUAUCAAGUGCCGCUCAUGCGCAUUGCGCCAGGCUGACUAUGUCAUCAUCCAGGAUUCUUCUGGGCAGCAGUACACUAUUGACAUCAUCACAGAAGAGAUUGAUGAAGAAAGUGUGGUGCAUCCUGGAAUUGACCUAGAAGAGGAUGAUUGGCGAGACACAGUGCAGCUUCACAAAGAGCAGAAAACAGUCCUUCGUUAUUAUACCUUUGAAGGAAUGCGCUACAUAUGGAUGCCAAAAAAAGGAGGCUUCUACAAAGUGAGCACACUUGAUGAAAACUGGACCAUUGGAGAUGUUCACAGACGAAAGAAAGGACUCAGCCUGCAGGACCAGGCCUCCAACUCAAAUCACUAUUACCUGGGGAGCAUUCCCGUGUCUGUGUGUGAUGUCCUGUCCAGAGGAGAUAAUAUACUGACUGCAGUGAAUGUGGCCCAAAACUGUGGAAUGGUAGCAACAGGAGAACGGAUCAUCUUUGUGCACGCAUCUCCCCCAGUACAUCAUAAGCCUGCCACACUUAAGUUUCUCCUGGCAGAGUCUGGAACCUAUGGGCAGGACAGUGCAGAAGUGAUCACCCAGGGCUUAUACCAACAAGGGAGUCAUUUUCUUGACCAAGGGCCAUACCACCUUGCACUCAAUGGGAAGUCAUUUGCUGUGCUGUGUGAACAUUUUCGAAACAUCCUUCCCCAGAUCCUGGUACAAGGCUCCAUUUUUGCCCGGAUGGCACCUGAGCAGAAGACACAGCUAGUUGAAGAACUCCAGGCACUCAACUACUGUGUGGGGAUGUGCGGAGAUGGUGCCAAUGACUGUGGAGCCCUAAAGGCAGCAGAUGCGGGAAUCUCCCUCUCGGAGGCUGAGGCCUCUGUUGCAUCCGCUUUCACGUCGAAGAUUGACAACAUUGAGUGCGUUCCGCUAAUCAUUCGGGAAGGCCGCUGUUCUCUCAUAACCUCGUUUGGGCUCUUCAAAUACAUGGCCAUGUACAGCCUCAUCCAGUUCAUGUCUGUGCUCAUUCUGUACUCGAUUAACACAAACCUAGGAGAUUUUCAGUUUUUGUACAUUGACCUAAUCAUUACCACCUCCAUUGCUCUUCUGAUGGGUAAAACGGGCCCUGCCAAGGAACUUUGCCCUGAGCGGCCGCAGGGUAGCCUAAUUAGCAUCCCAGUUCUGGGCAGCCUUCUCCUGCAGACCUUUCUUGUCCUAGGCAUCCAGAUAGGUUGCUAUUUUAUUACCAACUCUGAGGACUGGUUUGUUCCAGUUAAUGCAACAUCUCUUUUUCCUAAAAACCUCCCCAACUAUGAAAACACGGCCCUUUUCUGUGUGUCAGGAUAUCAGUAUCUAAUAGUGGCCAUAGUCCUUUCCAAAGGAUAUCCAUUUCGGAAGCCCCUCUACACAAAUGUGAUCUUUUUGCUGGUUCUAUUGGUGCUUUUUGGACUCAUGGUUUGGAUCACCUUGUAUCCUGCACAUUUCCUUCUGAUGAUUUUGCAACUCAAGGAGAUAGACGACAUGAACUUCAAGCUACUCCUGAUAGGCUUAUGUGCUCUCCAUUUUAUCUGUGCGUUCAUGCUGGAGAUGGCGAUAGAGUAUGGAAUGCUCAACUGCCUACGUCGCCUACGCGGACAGAACGAAUCAAAGAAAGCAUACAAACGUCUAGAACUGUACCUCAAACAGCAGCCAUCAUGGCCCCCGUUAGAACAGGUCAUCCAAGCUAAGCCUGGCAUCACCAUACACAUCAGCUAGCAGGCUUGGGGGG